ACAGGGUCUACCCAACCCGCCGCCCGCCCGCAGAUCCAACUCGAUGCCCUAAUCGUGCCCAGAUUCUCCUCCCCGGCCCCCGCCGCGAGGUUCCCCCAGGCCAGGCCAGGGUUCUUCCCCAUCUCAGCCAUGGAGCAUUCCAUGAUCCAGCACGUCGUGGAGUACCCCGACGAGCACGAGGUGGGCGGCGGCAUGAAGGUGGAGGUGGCGUACGACGGGGUCCACAGCGCUGCCGCGGUUCAUCCGAGCGCGUUCCGGUACAAGCACAAGAAGAGGUCCAAGGUCUGGGAGGAGUACAAGCCCAUCUUCCUCAACGGGAAGGUCCAGUUCGCCGAGUGCCUCUACUGCCACAACCGCCUCAGCUGCAAGGACUCCAACGGGACCAGCCACCUGUGGCGGCACCAGAAGAUCUGCCCCGGCAAGCCCGAGUCGGCCGAGAGGCGGCAGCAGAAGGAUUCCUACUUCCCCUAUGUUUCGGUGAACGAACACAGUCCAGUUUCACCUAUUGAUCCGGUCAAUGCGAUCAUUUCGGAGACGCUUGACGACAUAGGUUCAGUGAUUCCCAGCAGAUUCAAGUCCAAGGUGUGGAAGGAGUUUGUGCCCGUCUACGUCGAGGGGAAACUCCAGGCUGCGGAUUGCAUCCACUGCCAAAAACGUCUCAGCGCAAAUAAGUUUGGAGGGAGAAGCCAUCUGAGCCGGCACCUUCUAACAUGUCCAGGACGGCGUGGAGGUGCCCACAAUCAUCAGAAGAUUCAGUUUCACCCUUCGAGUGCACCUACUUUAAAGUCCAGGGUGCAGGAUGAGCUCUCGCCUGCCUUGACGAAUGGGAAGGUUCAGAUUGCAGAAUACUCUAGCAAGCUCUUCAGGACUAGUAGCUCGGGUGAAACAGCUCCUAUAAUACGUCCUAUUCAAAUGGUGCCAGCGCAUCAGUUCCCACCAGCAUCUGACGGUACAAGCGUGAAGAAAGAAAAGACUUCAUUCGUCAACAUUUCGACUGACACGAGCGCCAGGAAGUUUGAUAAAGGAACAGCUUAUCAGGAGUUAGCCAAGAUGAUAAUCUUACAUGGUUAUCCUUUUUCAGUUGUGGAGCAUGAAGAAAUGAGAAGAUUCAUAAAGAACCUCAACCCUAUGGUUGAUGCAGUUUCUCAAGAUGUUAUGGAGGAACAUUGCACUGCUUUAUUUCAAAAGGAAAAGCUAAAUCUUAAGGAUAUAAUUACACUUUCAGCCCGACGUGUGUCUCUGUCAGCAAGCAUCUGGACUCCUGAUGGACCCGAGGCAACAGUAAAUUACCUCUGUUUGACAGCACAUUUUAUUGGUGCAGACUGGAAAGUUCACAGAGUAAUAAUCAAGUUUGGCAUGUUUUGGUCCUCACCUACUAAUUUGGAAAGAAUAAUACAUUGCAAGGAAGCUGCUGUCUCGGAAUCAGAGAGUGGAUCAUACAACGUCAUCUGGGAUGCAAUUAGAGACUGGAAUCUUGACCAUAAGAUUUUGAGCUUGACUUCUGUUGGUGAUGUUAGGAACAAUGCAAACACGGUUCAGCUAAAGGAAAUGCUCAUGGAGAAGAAGUGCCUUCCUAUCAGAGGCAUUCUAUAUAACGUUGCUUGUCUGGAUGACGUCUUAAAUAGUGUUGUUUCUCAAGGGCAAGCAGAUAUACUUCGCCUUGUUGGUGAUGCAGCAAUGGAUUUUUUUGUGGCACGUGCAUCCUCACCAUCAGCCCAACAACAGCUUAUGGAAGUCAUUUCACAUAUGAGUUUGAAGUGUCCACAAGAAGAUGCUAAGUGGUGGCACAGAUUUUAUUUUAGGCUUGAAGUACUUUUGCAGUUCAAGAAGUCGUUUCCUUCUGAAAAUGUGCUGAAUCCAGAAGAUAUGAGUGUUGCUGACUCUAUUUGCAAGGUUUUGAGGACAUUUUAUCGUGUCAUUGAAGUUAUUUCUUGCCCUAGCUCUGUCACAGCAAAUGUAUAUUUCAAUGAGGUUUGGAAAGUGAGGACAGUUCUGCAAGAAGAAGCAUCGAACGGUCUAGGAGAAAUCUCUAGACUGGUUAUGGAGAUGCAGGAAGCGUUCCAUGGGUAUUGGCAAAAUUCAUACUUGUGGUUGUCAAUACCUGUUGUUCUGGAUCCUAGAUUCAAAAUCAGCUUCAUUGAUUUCCGGCUGAAACGAGCUUUUGGCACGAAUUCAGAGAGUUACUUAUCUGAAAUCCGCGAAACAGUCCGGGAACUGUUCAAUGAAUACUGCAAUCCUAUGGAUCGACCAAGCGCUGCUUCAGAUAGUGCGGCUUUGGACGCCGAUGAUCUGUUAGAUGAUUGGGAUCAGCAUCUGAAUGAACAAGCAAGUUGUCAGAUAUCUACAGAGCUCGAUGACUACCUUGAAGAUGGUCUAGUUCCACGGAAGGACGAUUUCGACAUUUUAAACUGGUGGAUGAACCACACCACGAAGUACCCAACGCUAGCAGCUAUGGCACAGGACAUAUUAGCUAUGCCAGCUUCUGCUGUUCAAUCGGAAGCAGCGUUCAGUAGCAGCGGGCCGGUAAUUCCAAAGCACCACAGCACAUUGAGCAUCAAGACGAUCGAAGCUCUCGUUUGUGCUCGAGAUUGGAUGAAAUAAAAUGGGUCAUUGUGAUGGCACUGGAAAGUUUAGUUUACUGAAAUACCAUUCAGUAAAUCAGUGCUCUGGUGCUAGCACAUAAGAGUGGAUAGUCAAUGACUGGACGAAGGCUUGGAGAAUUCCCGGCCCAAAUGUACCUGCCAUAUGCUGCAGUACCGAACGAGGAAGGCGCCGAACGUAUGCAUUUGGACAUCUACCUAUGACGCUUUCGACCAAGGCUGAUGACCUGGCAGUUGCUGUAUGGAAACCCUCAGGUGGUUGUUGUUGUGGCAUGUUUUCUAGUCUGCUGAGACGUGCUCAUCAGCGCGUAAUAUUCUGUAUAUAUCGACUCGCUCGCUGUAAACGCCUCAGUGCCGGUGUGUCUUGGUCGUAGAGUUUCGAAUGGAUGCACUGGGUGUAGUUGUGUAGAAUGGAUGGAUGAAUGGAUGCUAGUUUCUAACUGGAGAUAAUUCUGUUGUAGAGACUGCA